CUGACGAAUUUUGUAUUCAGCGGUGUGAUUGUUCGAGUUGUUUCUCUGAAUUCUUUGUUUGCAAGAUUCUCAAACGGAAAAUCGCUGCAUAAAUUGGAAAUAUUUGUUAUUUUACUGUAUUGUUCAAAGUGCCUACCGGAUAAGAGUUUGGAUUUCGAUAGAAAAUUGAGAUCGUUUGAAAUUUCACUAUGUCAAGAGAUAUUUACUAUUCGGACAAAUAUUACGACGAGGAGCAUGAGUACAGGCAUGUGGUGUUACCAAAGGAAAUGGUGAAACUAGUUCCCAAGAAUCACUUGAUGUCAGAACAAGAAUGGCGCGGGAUUGGAGUACAGCAAAGUCAUGGAUGGGUUCACUACAUGACGCACCAGCCCGAGCCUCAUAUCUUGCUGUUCCGCCGCAAAAAGACCACCCCUCCAGAAAAGAAGUGACAGACUUUUGUGGUUUGCUUGUGCAUGAGUUUAGUUAAUAGUAUUCAAUUUGCCCAUAACAGGUAUAAAAUUACUAAUAGGUUUCUAUUUCCUAAAAGACAGUGACUAAGUAUUUUAGCACCAACAGCAAUGAGUAGAUUUCUUCUUAAAAUAAAAUUAUUUAGCAACUACCAGCAAAUCUUGACCUUGUAGAAAGUGGUACCUUUGACUAUUUUAACAUAAAUAGGAUUUAGUGAAGUUAUAGUUAGUUAUCACACUUUUAGUAAAUCUUUGGUUUGAUUUUUUUAUUUUAUAGAAUGUAAAUUAUAUUUUGUGGAGAAAUCUUCGCAUUGCUCUUUUCGUGUUUAUUUAGUUUAAUUAGCUUAUUCAUUUUAAUAUGAUUAUGACUGAUAUUACGAAAAUGCACCAAAUAACAACUGGUUGUAUAGUAAAUACAGUUAUAGUGAAUUUAGUUUUGCUACCGCUGCUGUUAUGGGCCAAAAUCUUGAUCUUCAUUCCACAUAUUAUUAAGUAUUUGUAUUAAUGUAGUCAUUAGUGAAUAAGAAUCAUUAAACCAACCACGAGUGCUCUUCUACUUACUAUGUGAUAGAUGUAACAAUUGUGAUAGCUUAGAUCAUGCAACAGUCACCUUGUUACAAUUUAAAAUACCCAUGUAGUUAGCAGAGCAAUCAAUUAACUAGACCAGGGGUCGGCAAACUUGAGAAGAGCUAAUCAGCCAACUACAGUCUCAGUUUAGAGUCUGUUUUCACUCACUGUAAUCUAACAGCUGUUUUUCAUAAGGCCUAGUCAACAUGUACAGUGGCUGCAAAAGUGCAAGGUGAAUUUAUUUUGAACUCCAUGUAAUUUUGCAGCUCUAACCAAUACAGUGGUGAGAAAGUAGCCGUGGCAGAGUAUCAGGUACUGUUAUGAGAACUCUGCUAAGGAUAGUCUUUCGCCACUGUACUGGGCACUGUGAUCCAAGGUAUAAUAACUGUGUGUGGCUCUAAUCUACACUUGCUAACCCCUGUAGUUGUAACACCAAACAUCAAUUUCAGCAUGACUGUCCAAGUAAAGUGUUUCUGCUACAAGUUAUGGAUAUUUUACUUACCUAUUUUGUGGUCUGGAUAUUUUAAAUUUGACAUUUUAAUAUUAUAUGCAGCAUUGACGUAUGGACGUAACAUUUCUUGAAUUUGUACAUAAAUGUUUAAAGAAUUGAAUCACUCCUGUCAAUCUUAAGGUUUAUUAUUGGAUUGAAUUGUAAAUCAGUGACUGGUUCAUUUCAUUUGAUACAUAAAUUAUUUGGUGCUAUGUUACAAA